GUUUCCGUUUAAAUGAAUUAUUUAUUGACAUGCAUGAAUGUUUAUUUAUAAGCUCAGGAAGCUUACCCCUGGCCUGUAAUAGGAGCGCCAUUACAAAGCUUGUUGGAAGUAUUCAAAAAUCAGGCUGCAGGAAGUUUGAGCUGUUGGAAUGGCUACGACGACAAAACCACUGUUGUCUGACCUCGUCGCCGGCAUGUGCCGUGUUCCUCCGAACUACAUCCGACCCACAUCUGACCGUCCAAAUCUUCAUGAGGUUGAAUCAUUGGAUGGUGCCAUUCCUCUCAUCGAUCUUCAAGGCCUUAAUGGUCCUAACCGUUUUAACAUAGUCAAAGAGAUAGGCCUUGCCUGCAAAAGCUAUGGUUUCUUUCAGGUUAAAAACCAUGGAGUUUCUGAAGCAGUGAUCGAUAAUAUGUUACGCGUAUCGAGGGAGUUUUUUCAUCUGCCAGAAAGUGAGAGGUUAAAAAAUUAUUGUGAUGAUCCAAUGAAAACGACGAGGCUAUCCACUAGUUUCAACGUGAACACCGAAAACGUAGCCAGCUGGAGGGAUUACUUGAGACUCCAUUGCCACCCUCUAGAGGAUUACAUGCAGGAAUGGCCCCUCAACCCUCCAUCUUUUAGAGAAGAUGUCGCUGAGUAUUGUAAAAAUGCAAGGGGUAUAGCACUGAGACUACUUGAAGCAAUAUCAGAGAGCUUAGGGCUUGGAAAGGAAUACAUAGAUAGGGCUCUGGGGAAGCAUGGCCAACACAUGGCCAUCAACUACUAUCCGCCAUGUCCCCAACCAGACUUGACCUUUGGAUUGCCGGGACACACCGAUCCGAACGUCAUAACCAUACUCCUCCAAGAUGAGAUUCCGGGAUUGCAGGUCCUUAAAGAUGGCAAGUGGGUUGCGGUCAAUCCCAUUCCAUAUACCUUUAUUGUCAACAUCGGCGAUCAGAUACAGGUACUUAGCAACGAUCACUACAAGAGUGUGCUGCAUCGGGCAGUAGUGAAUUGUGAGCAGGAGAGGAUCUCUAUCCCAACCUUCUAUUGCCCAUCGCCUGAUGCCAUGAUAGGACCAGCUCCGCAGCUGAUCGACGUUGACCAUCCUCCCAACUACAAAACUUUUGCCUAUUCUGAAUACUACCAGAAGUUUUGGGAUCGGGGUCUCACUACUCAAACCUGCUUGGAUGCGUUCAAGGAUUCUCGACCUUGACCUAUAUAUGCAUGGAAUAGUCAUAUAUGUCACAUGGUGUACGAUGCUGUAUGACCAACUCCUUGAACAUGAACCAAGAUAGAUUAGCAUGAUCAGCGUGCAUGCAGUGAUUCUUUUUCAGAAGUUUUAUUAGAAUUUCAGUACAGAUAUAUAAAAAAUAAUUAGACGCCUUCUCUUUAUUUAUUUAUUAUUAUUAUUUUUUGGAAUUUAAAAAUCCCAUACGCCUGGACGGUCCGGAUGACUCAUGUCCUUUUUAUGCGAUGCUGAAUGGGAAUUUUAAAUUCCAAAUAAUAAUAAUAAUAAAUAAAUAAAGAGAAGGCGUCUAAUUAUUUUUUAUAUAUCUGUACUGAAAUUCUAAUAAAACUUAUGAAAAAGAAUCACUGCAUGCACGCUGAUCAUGCUAAUCUAUCUUGGUUCAUGUUCAAGUUUUCUUCA